UCUUCGCUGUGCCGCUGCGGCUGGUGGCAUGGCCACCCGAACGAGAAUGGCCACGCCUGCAGCCGACGACGAUCCCUCGGUGAUACUCACGAACUGCUUUCCAAGCGUAAUACUCAGUGCUUCGAACAUCCCGUACACCUGUGAAGUUAACAAUGACCAAACACUGAUUGGCUUGAACCUCUCCGCCUCGUACUAUUAUGGAGAAGGUCUCAUUCCUGGAUGGCCGGCGACUCUUGAUACGAAAACCGAUACCAUUACAUUCGUGCCUAUUUUGGGGGCACCUUCAGGACGUUGGGAAUUGGUCAUAACACGUAUUUCUGUUGAUGGAAACUCUGACACUCCUAUGACGACCAAUAAGAGCAUGGACUUCAUGCGCAUCGGUGCGACCGAGGCGAAUUUCGAUGCGCUCUUUCCGUAUUACGGUAUGGGUGUAU